AUGGAUAACAGCGACGACUUCAUUGAGAUUACGCAUGUUCCAGAUCUCGUUGACGUUACCCCGUCGCAGAUGCUGAUGCAAACGCCCAUUACCAUCGAAUGCGGACCGGACCUCGCGACUAAGCUCAUCUUUCAUCAAGAGAUCAUCUGCUGCAACAGCAAGCAACUCAGCAAUAGAUUCGAAAAGGCGAAGACGCUUAUGGCUCACUACAAAAGGGCUGACGAGUUCCGAAACGACUUGGCCAGAUACGUAUUCCCUGAAGUCGACCCGAAGGAGUUUGAAGAUAGAAAGUUGGAUAGACAAGCUAUACCAUUGAUCAAGACAGCAUCCGAGAACUACCCUCUGAUCGGAUAUGCCAGUCUUGUCAAGAAGACCAUCAUGGAAGCAGUAGCAGCCGAGAUGAUCGCCAAGAACAACAGGAAAACGGCACAAAAUCCUGCAGCCGAUUUGAGUUUGGCAGGCCGUCUGGAUCUCCUCAAGCCCCACGCCGUACACACUGUAGCCGCGAAGCUCUUUACCUACGUCCAUCGCAUCAACAAGGCCGAGAUUCGCAAGGCUGAGGAGGACAUCUUGAAGGCUACCGCUCAGCACCGCAUCAUACUUCCGGGUGUCGACGAGUCAACAGUUCGAGCGCUCAUGCAGUGGAUCUACCAAGGUCCACAGCCGUUCGAAGGGUCGGAACAGACCUACGCCGUCAUGAAACUCGCCGAAAAGCUCGGUGUUGAUGCGCUCGCCACCAGAUGCUCUUACGCGCUGUUCAACGCCACCAACGCCAGCAUCGAGCGCGCCGAUGCCGACGGCACCUCUUUCCAAACGCUCAUAGGAUAUGGCACGGAACCCGCUGCUGACGACAUUGUGAAGGUCGCUUUCCAACACGCCAUGAAGGACGGGACUGCCCCCAAGGAGCUCAAGAGUCUUAUCAUUGACGCCCUUGCCGGAUAUCUUGAUACAGAACUAUGGCAGCACGUCAAGGGCCAAAUCAAUCACAGGACCGCACUGCAAAUCAUAGAAUCAAUGAUCAGCUUGCGACCGCUUGUCAAGACCGAGAUGGACGGGCAAGACAGCAUCAAGUCCGAGAGCCAAGAACUCUCCAGUGCAUCCACUCCGGAGAGCAUGGAAGUGGAUGAGGAUAAGAAGCCCAUUCACGUCAAAGAGCAGAACGAAAACCACGUUUGA